GCGCAUGCGCCGUGGGCCGAGGGCCGCGUGGUGCGCACCUGCUGGCCGGGAUUGGGCGGCGGAGGCUUCAGGCCCCGGGGGCGGACCCGGACGUGCGCAGGCGGCGGGGCCACUGAGGCAGAUGGAGGGUGAGGCCGGGCGCCGGCCCCUGGGCGUGUUUAAGUGCCAGCUCUGUGCCCUGACAGCGCCGUACAGCUACGUGGGGCAGAAGCCCCCUGACACCCACUCUGUCGUCCUCCUGGAGGAGAGUUACGUCAUGAAGGACCCAUUCACCCCAGACAAGGACAGAUUCCUGGUCCUCGGCUCUCGAUGCAGUUUAUGCAGCCGGCUGGUGUGCGUGAGCCCGGAAUGCAGUUUAUUCUACUCCAAGAGAUUUUGCCUCCCCUGUGUCCGGGACAACAUGGACGCCUUCCCUCAGGAAAUCCGGCAAGACUUGGAGAAAAGGAAAGCUCCAUCGAAGAGGCCUGCCAGCCAGCCUGGCUCUCGGACGUGAGUGCGGCCAGGUGCGGGGGUGGCAGCGGCACCUCUCAUGGAGCCCCUGGGCAGCCAGGCCUCUGCACCCGCGGCAGGGAUGGGGCUGUACGGGAGCUGUCAUGGCAGCCUCAUCCCGGGGCGGGCAGGAGCAGCGUCUGCAGAGAGCAGGGGCCCAGCCUGCAGUAGGAAGGGGCCCGGGAGGUGGGCAGAGAAGGCCGUCGGGGGGCAGGCCUCGCGCGUCCAAGAGCCUCCUCGAUGCCGAGACCACAGGGCGGGAACUGACGAAGGUCUAGACACCGGCACCGAGGGAAGCCGAGGCUGGGCCGGCUGGGCCUUCCGCCCCCCUCCCCGGACCUGGACCUCUAGGCCGCCCCUCCAGGUCAUCCCCUGGCUUCUGUGUACCCGGGGCCAGGCCUGGAGGGCCCUGUGCGGAUUCAUCAGAUCCAGGAAUUGCCUCCAGUGACGUGCUGCUCCCCUUGGCCCUGAGGACACAGGAGCGAAGGGACAAAGCCCACUGUCCUGGUCCAGUGUGGGGAGGACCUCUGGUCGCGCUGGGGGUCGUGCCACCCGUGCUGACACGGAGGCAGGAGGGCUGGAGUGAAGACGCGUGCCUUCCCCAUCCCGGGGAGUGGAGUCCACGCAGUGAAGACGUCACUCAGUGGGAUGGUUCACAGGGAGGUGACCUGCGGGAAGGUGCCUGAGGGGUGUGGGCAGCUGCACUUGGUGAUUAGGGGGCCUGGGGCCGGUGGAAUUUUACUUCACACCUUCAUGAUACCUGGAUAAUGUUUUAAAUCUUGACCAUGUGUUAGAUUCAUAAUUAAAAACCCAAAGAACCAGUUAAUGUUUUGAAACAUUUGCAAGACAGAUGUUCCCCUUGGCACUCGGACCUGGCGUGCGUGGCUGGGGGUUGGGCGUUGCCACUUGCAGUCUCCUCUGUUUCCGCGGGCUCUGGCCCCAGCCCCAGGCCCAAUCCCAUUCCCAGGCACAGGGAUGCUUUCCCUCCGCCCUCCUGCAGGGCCUCGGAACUUGAGCUGCUCGCUUGCCCCUCUCCACGGGAGACUCAGCACUGGCCCUGGGGCACUCCUUCCCCACGGGCACCCGUCCCCGGGGGCUCCCGCGGCCCCCACCUCGGCAGUGGGUGAGGGGAGAACGAAUAAAGAGCUUUUAUCAGCCAA